UCUUCGUGCGGGUUUGAAGUGUAAAUUGAUUCGUGUUCAGUUAAUUUAGUGGAAAUAUAGUUUGUAUUAAAUUAAAAUUACAUAAUUUUCAAGUUCACAUCGUUCGGUUGUAUGGCUACCAACGAAUGUUAGUGUUGGAUGAUUGUUUCUUUUGAAAAUAAGUGUUAAAAUCAACCCACAAUGGCCCUUUUGGGAGCGCAGCUAGUGAUCACACUGAUUAUGGUCAGUGUGAUCCAGAAGUUGAGUCCACACUUCUCACUGGCUAAAUGGAUCCUCUGUUCCACCGGAUUGACGCGAUAUCUGCAUCCAACGGAUGACGAGCUGCGGAAGCUUUCUGGUAUCCCUAGGGAGAAAAACAAAUCUAAGAAGGACAAACAACGAAAUGGCCAUGUCGAGCAUGAUAAGCCAACAACCUUUCACGUUCCGCGGAGUUUGGAUGUUCAGUUGGAGACAAUCGGCAUCGCUCCGUAUGAUAUUGUCCAUUUGAGAUAUUACACCGAAUACCAGUGGCUGGUGGAUUUUAGCCUGUAUACCUCGAUUGUCUACAUUGUCUCGGAGGUAUAUCAGUUCUUCUUUCCCAUCACGGAGGAAUUCAACCUGAGCAUGGUGUGGUGUCUCCUAGUCGUAUUCUUUGCAUUCAAACUUUUAGCAUCUCUCACGGUUCAAUACUUCCAAAGUGAGGAAUCGAUCGGCGAGCGAUCGACAUGCAUCGUGACUGGGCUCGUUUAUUUGCUGAUUGCAAUGAUAAUUUUGAUUGUGCCAGAAACAACCCUGGAAGUUGGACUAGAUCGUGCCUACCAAAGCUUCAACGACAGUGCCUCCGUAUUUUUAGAAGCGCAAGGAUUAAAUUCAUCUGGACCAGCAUCCAAAAUCGUUGUGAAAUUCUUCAUUGCUGUCAGUUGUGGAAUUCUUGGAGCGCUAUUCACUUUCCCCGGACUGCGAAUGGCUCGAAUGCACUGGGACUCACUCAAAUUCUGUCAGGAUCGAGUAUGGUUAAAAUUCCUACUGAAUCUCAGCUUUGCUAUGCCUUUCCUGCUGGUGCUGCUUUGGAUUAAGCCGCUCACUCGAGAUUAUCUUACAGGUCGUGUGUUCUCAGGAAUGUCAGCUCCACUACUCUCAUCGGAAGCGUUCGAAACGAUUCGCUUGGCUGCAGUGGUCUUCGCCGUGGUGCUACGUUUCGUGUUGAUGCCCGUCUACUUGCAAGCGUAUCUUAAUCUGGCCUACCAUCGCAUCGAGGACCAGAAGAAGGAAGCCGGUCGCAUCACCAAUGUGGAUAUACAGAAGAAAAUUAGCUCCAUUUUCUACUAUCUAUGCGUGGUGACACUCCAAUACGUCGCGCCGAUCCUAAUGUGUUUGUUCUUUGCUCUAAUGUACAAAACUCUUGGCGAUUACACGUGGACCGGAUUCCUGCAGGAGGCUUUACCCCUCGAUGAGUGUUCUGCCGAUUUGGAAACUCAACGAGCAAUGGAAGCUGCAUCAGCAGCUGUAUCAAAUGAACAAGACGCUACAUCAGAUGAUGGCAAUAUCCUAUCGACGGCAGAGACAAUUCAGCUCUCGUUGCAGAGUCUGAAAGCAGUUUUCACCAAAGACGUUUACCGGGGGUUGUUUGGCUUCGCAACGUGGUGGAGUUGCUUCAUUUGGUUUGCGGCCAGCUCGUUGGGAAUGGUUUAUCAGUCAUACUUUACAAAGUCGUAGAGAGUUUGUUGAUGAUUUUUUACAAGUCCACUGUUUUUAAGUUAAGAGGCAUAAUGUCGCAUUUAAGUUAUAAUGUGCAUUUUUUUCGAUCAUCAAUCAAACGUUGGAUAUAAGCAGCACAAGAAACGUGUAAGUAAGACUAUCGUGUCAUGUUUUAGGUUAUUAUUUAGUUUAUAGAAAAAAGGGAACCCCAUCGUUUGGAUGUUAAUAAACUAAACAUGUAGUUUAGUAAAUACAAACGGCAGCGUCUUGACAGGAAACUUUGGAUUGUUUAUUUUGUAUUUCGCUUGUAAUAUUCAGUAAUAGA